GAAAAUACUCAUGUGAAUGAACAAAUUCACUUUAUCGGUUUGUUGUUACAAAGAUGGCGUCCCAGUGCAGCUUGUCUACUUUGUUUCCCAUUCAGAGUCAGCUGGACAACGCCCUAAAUGACGCUACAACCCAACAGGAGAAAGAAAAUCUUGUGUACCAGUACUUGCAAAAACUGGAUGAAAGAGAAGAUUUGAAGAUUCCCGAUUUUGAUGAAGGUCUGGAAUGGCUAAAUACAGAAGGUCCACUGUCUCUAGCAAAAGAGCUGUCUGGCAAGGUGGUGAUACUGGACUUCUUUACCUACUGCUGCAUAAACUGCAUGCAUAUCCUACCGGAUUUGCAUCAGCUGGAGAAAAGGCACCCCGUCAAAGACGGUUUGGUUAUUGUGGGAGUACACUCUGCCAAGUUUCCCAAUGAAAAGGUCCUUCGGAACGUGUGCAGCGCUGUACUCCGCUACGACAUCCGCCACCCGGUGGUGAACGACGGCGACGCGCGGCUGUGGCAUGAGCUGGAGGUGUCCUGCUGGCCCACGCUCGUCCUCCUGGGGCCCCGCGGCAACCUGCUCCUCUCUGUGGUGGGGGAGGAACACCGCGACAGGCUCGCCCUCUUCUCCGAGGCCGCCCUCAGACACUGGGACCGAGGCCUGCUGAGGGACCACCCUGUGGGGAUCCGACUCUACAGGGACACGCUGCCCCCCACCAUCCUGUCCUUCCCUGGGAAGGUGGCGGUGGACACCAGGAGGAAGAGGCUGGCGAUAGCAGACACCGGGCACCACAGGGUCCUGGUGGUGUCCCAGGCUGGAGAGGUGCUUUAUGCUGUAGGAGGGCCGGAGAGUGGAAAACAAGAUGGCCGCCUUUCCGAAGCUUCCUUCUGUGCUCCUCAGGGUGUGGCCAUUAAAGGAGACACUGUGUACGUGGCCGACACGGAGAACCACCUGAUACGCAAGAUUGACCUCCUGGAGGGGCGAGUCAGCACUCUGGCAGGAAUGGGGGUUCAGGGCCAAGACAAGGAGGGCGGAGCUAUGGGACUCCAGCAGCCAAUCAGUUCCCCAUGGGAUGUAGCUCUCGGAACAGCAGGUGGUGAGCAGGAUAAUGUGCUGUGGAUUGCCAUGGCCGGGACCCACCAGAUCUGGGCUCUGUUCCUAGCUGAUGGGAAGCUGCCCAAAGCAAGCGAAUCCAAAGCGGGCACGUGUGUGCGCUGGGCUGGCAGUGGCAGCGAGGAGAACCGAAACAAUGCUUACCCACAUAAGGCAGGCUUUGCCCAGCCGUCCGGCCUGGCGCCGGCCCCCGAGGAGCCCUGGAGCUGCCUGUACGUGGCCGACAGCGAGAGCAGCACCGUCCGCACGCUGGCCCUGAAGGACGGGGCUGUCAAAAUGCUGGUGGGGGGCGAGAGGGACCCCCUGAAUCUCUUUGCCUUUGGAGACGUGGAUGGGAAAGGAGUGGAGGCCAAGCUGCAGCACCCUCUUGGUGUGGCCUGGGCCCCGGAACAGGGCCUGCUGUAUGUGGCCGACUCCUACAACCACAAGAUCAAAGUGGUAGACCCCAAGACCAAGCAGUGUGUUGUCCUGGCCGGGACAGGGGAGGCUGGGGACGUCCUGGGGCCCGGCUUCUUAGACUCGGCCUUCAACGAGCCUGGAGGGCUGUGUGUUGGGACGGGGGGCCAGGUGCUCUACGUGGCCGACACCAACAACCACCAGGUCAUGGUUCUGGACAUGGACACCAAGACCGUUUCCCUGUUCCCUGUUCUCACCGAGACUGUCGACUCUGCGCCAGCCAAAGCCUCUGGUCCUCCCAAAGUCCCCAAGCUUCCCAAAUCAGCGGCCAGGAUCGUCCUGCCCUCUCUGGCCGUGUCCCUGGGGCUGACUGUGACCAUGGAGGUGACUCUGUCUCUACCGGAGGGGACCAAGCUCACAGAGGAGGCCCCCAGCUUCUGGAGCCUGUCUGCUGAGGGUGAUGAGUGGUUGCUAGAGGGCCAGGUGGUUACCGGGGACAUCCUGGACCUUUCUCAAGUCCUCUCCCUUUCAACCAAGCUUCCAGCGAUGACCGGGACAGCAAGCCCCAGCCCUGCUCUCACUCUCAGUGUAUGGGUGUACUGCUGUCUGGCCCAGGGUGGAGCUUGUAUGAUGAAAGCGGCCUCCUUCACCCAGCCCCUCGACAUAGGUCGAGCGCCCGCCGAGGGAGGGGUCACCGUGACGAUGGCUCACGCCUUCUGAAACCAGCGGAGUUGGGUCCUUUCAUUCUGGGGAUGAGUAUGCCUCAGAAUCAGGAUAUUACCUUUUAAUGCAACCUUCACCUCCCCCCCUUUUAGUUAUCAGUGGUCUAAAGAUGAGAUUUGUUUUCAACAGGGUAGUGACUCAUGGUGUGGAUAGCUUUAAAGGCCUUGUCCUUUAUCUGCCCUUACAGUCAAUAUGAAGCGCCAUAAUCUAUACAGAAACGCUUGUAGAUUUCAUAUAUAUGAUUUUUUUUUAAGAUUAACACCAAAGUAUCAAGUCCCAAGUACCUUCACUGUGACUCAAUGACAGGAUUGUGGCACAUAUAUUUACAUGACACAGUUGUAAGUACUCUGAAAUAUCCUCAAGCACAACUAUCAUAAUUUGUGAGCACUCAAACAUCUCUGCCGUUCACAGCUGAUAUCAUAUUUGUUAUUUUUAUUAUUAUUUGUUGAUUCAAUGUUCACAUGUAUUAACCAGCUUAGCUUAAAGGGUAUUUAUGCCACAAGCUUCAUACCAGAACAGCUAUAAAACAAAAACACUCUUGUUAACAUUUUCAUAGUAGAAAUAUAUAUUUACAAGAAAUUAUGACUGUACCACACCCUGCCAAACUUCCGUCAAUGUGUGUCAAUAACUAAACCUGCUUCCAAAAUUAACAAAAGGGUGAGGCAGCUCAUAUUUUCACUGGUUCUUAGAAAAACUAGAAUUUCAAGAUUGAAAGUUGUUUAUGUAACAAUAACUGAGUCAUGAUUGAAGGAAAACUUGAAUUAAAUCAAUUUGUAUGGGACCUGCUUUUGCCCACAUGCUCAUUAACAUACAGUUGGUAAUAUAUAUAUUUUUUUUUUUCUUUUCAAAAUAGUAUAGACAGCACCUAGCAGUUCAGGUGUACAAAUAAUUGAAAAAAAAUAUUUAUGAAAGUGCCUCUUUUAUACAGAAGUCACCGAUCUUUGCUCACCUAGAGUUACUGAUAGUGGGGCUGGAUGUCAGAAACUCCCACUAUCAGUAAACGUUUGCUAAAUGGAAAAUGCCAUGGAGAUGCCAAAGCCGUUGUGAGUUUAAUGUAUUACUUGGUGAAUGAGAAGAUUUAUUGUUAUGAAUAUGGGAGCCUCCAUUUAUUAUGAAUCAAACAGGUGUUGGAAAGCCCUCUAUGGUUCACCAUGAAACAAUUGGGUAGGCGUUAGUGGAAGGGUGUUCAUGUGCAUGCAAAGCAGAAGAUAUGUUCAUCUGGUAAGGGUUAUGUCACCUGAUGAUUUGUGUCAGUGCAAAUCUAUAUAAUGUCUGUCAUGUUUUUGUACUGUGGGGAUUGAUUUCAUAGUCUGGAAGCUCUAUAUGAAAUGCAGUCAUGUAUGGGGGAUGCAAUAAACCAUAUUUAACGAA